AUUAAUGAUUUACUUGAUCGAUCCUACCAAUGACUUAAUAUCCUAACUGAGUUUGAUAACAUUACGUUGGAAGACCCACCAAAAAUAGGUCAAGCAACUCUAUUAUGGUUUUUUUUUUCUUUCUGAAUGCAACUCUACUAUGGUUACACUAUUAGAGGUGUGUUGCUCACCAAAAAAAAAAAAAAACUAUUAGAGAUGUGUUAGGGAAUAAAUGUAUAUGGCUAAUAUUGUCCUUGUUCUCUCAGUUAUCUCAACUUGUUUGAGUUGGAAUGUACGUGCACAAUGUUGAGUGUCUCGUAAAAGCACCUAGUAGUAUACAUAAUAAUCUUUUGCCAUUACGUGUCCAAUGAAUGUAUUUUGUACCUUUCGAAGCUCAGGCUCUCAGUAAAAUCGCCAUUGUUCUUAUCAUAGAAUAAAAUAAACUGAUAUUUGCUACCAAAGAAAGAACUUAGGAUAUCAGUAAUCUCCUAUUAUCUCUCUGUGAUAUCUUGUAUAUAUCACAUUCGUUUAAUCUUGUUUAAAUUCAAAACCUAUCCUCUCUAGCCACUGUUCAACUCUCUUGUAUCUCUGUGUUAAUUUGUGUGUAACCACUCAUUAUUUUCUUCUAUAAUCAGUUUUUUUCCCGUCCUAAUGGCUUCUAUUUGCACCAAUCCUUUCUCCACCACUAUACCAUGAUCAUAAUUCAUACACAUAUAGAUUAUUCACACACAACUGAAAGUUGAGAAUGACUACCUUUCCUUCUGCACAACCUGAGGUUUUGCAAACUAACCCACAAGUUUUGACCACAUUUGAAGGUGAUGCCAUCAAGUUAACAGAAAUCAAUGGAAGUGUUCAAAGAGAGAAGGACAUAACAGUGACAUGGGAGAAUUUGUGGGUCACUGUUUCAAGUGGGAAGAAAAAAAAGCCAAUUCUGCAGGAUCUUACAGGUUAUGCUCGGCCAGGAAGGAUUCUGGCCAUAAUGGGCCCUUCAGGAUGUGGAAAAUCUACACUUCUUGAUGCUUUAGCAGGAAGAUUGAGCACAAACAUAAAGCAUACAGGGAAGAUUCUAAUCAAUGGCCAGAAACAAGCACUGGCCUAUGGAACAUCAGGCUAUGUAACACAAGAUGAUGCCAUGCUAUCAACUUUAACCACUGGGGAAACUUUAUACUACUCAGCUCAGCUCCAAUUUCCAGAUUCCAUGUCCAUAGCAGAGAAGAAGGAACGAGCAGAUAUGACACUGAGAGAAAUGGGUCUGCAAGAUGCCAUCAACACAAGGGUUGGAGGGUGGGGUUCUAAAGGCCUCAGUGGGGGACAAAAGAGGAGACUUAGCAUUUGCAUUGAGAUUCUAACACGCCCGAGACUUCUCUUCCUUGAUGAACCAACUAGUGGACUUGAUAGUGCAGCUUCCUAUUAUGUUAUGAGUAGAAUUGCAAGUCUAAAUCUAAGGGACGGAAUUCGAAGGACUAUUGUUGCAUCCAUCCAUCAGCCUAGCAGUGAAAUUUUUGAACUUUUCCAUGACCUAUGUCUUCUGUCUUCUGGUGAAACAGUAUAUUUUGGUCCAGCCUCUGAUGCAAAUCAGUUUUUUGCUUCAAAUGGUUUCCCUUGCCCGACUCUCCACAAUCCUUCUGAUCACUACCUAAGGAUCAUAAACAAAGAUUUUGAACAGGAUGCUGAACAAGGCUUUGGAAAGGGAGUAAUUUCAGAAAAAGCAAUUGAUAACCUUGUAAAGUCUUACAAGUCGUCUCAAAUUAGAAAACAAGUUAAAAAGGAAGUGAAUAAAAUAGGUGAAAGUGAUUCUGAUGCAAUAAGGAAGCAGAGGAUUCAUGCUGCAUUUCCCACUCAAUGCCUUGUUCUUAUAAGAAGAGCUUCCUUGCAGCUGUUUCGUGACAUAAGCAAUUACUGGUUACGGUUAAUUGUCUUUAUUGUAAUAGCUAUAAGCAUUGGCUCUAUCUUCUAUGACAUAGGCACAAGUAAUGGAUCUAUUCAGGGGAGAGGUUCGCUGUUCAUAUUUUUUGUUUCAGUUCUGACUUUCAUGACCCUUGUUGGUGGAUUUUCUCCACUUUUGGAAGAAAUCAAGGUAUUUGAACGAGAGAGAUUGAAUGGGCACUAUGGUGUCACGGCAUUUCUCAUAGGCAACAUAUUCUCUGCUGUUCCUUACAUGCUAUUGAUAUCUCUUAUUCCUGGAGGAAUAGCAUACUACCUUUGUGGAAUGCACAAAGGACCAGAACGCUUCUUCUACUUCACUUCUUUGUUAUUUGCCAUAGUGAUGUGGGUUGAGAGCCUUAUGUUGGUUGUUGGGAGUAUCUGCCCCAACUAUGUAAUAGGUAUGUUCCUUGCUGGUGGAGUUGAAGGGCUCAUGAUUUUAACUGGUGGAUUCUAUAGACUGCCAAAUGAUCUUCCCAAACCACUAUGGAAGUACCCUUUAUACUAUGUUUCCUUCCUCAAAUAUGCCUUCCAAGGAUCCUUCAAGAAUGACUUUGAAGGCUUAACAUUUUCUGUAGACCAAGAUGGAGGAGUCACCAGAACCGUGAGUGGUAGAGAAGUACUAAGUGACACAUGGCAUCUGGAAAUGGGUUACUCUAAGUGGGUUGAUCUUGCUAUCAUGUUUGGAAUGAUUCUUCUGUAUCGAGUUUUGUUCUUGGUCAUCACUAAGUGCAAGGAGAAGCUGAAGCCUUUUCACUAGAAUCAGUGAUCACUAAAAAAGUGGUUCUGUUGCAGCUAUCAGUGGUCCCCUAGCAUAAGUGUUUUCUAGAACUAGAGAAACUAGAAUUAAUGAUUCCUAGAAUGUUAAGUAAAUACUCAAAUUGCCUGAUAACAAAUGUGACAGUGAAUAUGUUAUUUACUAACAAUGCAUUAUAGUGCGAUGCAUAGGAAAUUUAUGUCACAUAGGGUGGUGUUUGAAAUUUAUGUCACAUAGGGUGGUGUUUGAAAUUUAUGUUAAUUUAACAAUUUUUGGUUUGUAAUAAUGGUUUGAUUACUUUGUUGAUCCUGAAA